AUGGAUGCGGACUUGCGCAGUCAGGUCGAGGGCAUUUUUCAGUCCACCCUGGCAGAUACCCAUGGCCUCCUGGAACGGGAGAGCUGCGUGGAGUUCCUGAAGUCCAUCGGGGGCACCCCCCAGGAGGCCAACGCCCUGCUCAGGGACAGCCGGGAGGAGUCACACAUCAGUGUCAAGGACUUCCUGGACAUCCUCUGCGGACCCGAGGCGAAGAAGGAGCCGGCGGAAGAGCCAGCAAAGCCCGAGACCGCAGAGGAGAAGCCCGCAGCGCAGGCGGAGGAGAAACCCAAAGAGCAGGCCGCGGCGCAGGAAGUGGUCGAGGAUGCGCCGUCGGGAGAGGCUCCCCCGGAGGAGAAGCCUGAAGACGGGAAGAUGGACCCUCUCUCGGUGACCGAGACCACAGCUGCGGAUGACCAGGAGGAGUCCAGUGCGACCCUGGCGCCGCUGGACGUCCGCACCUGCGACGCUUGCAACUGCAAGGAGGAGCUCACGCAGGAUCCAACUGAUUUGGCCUGGUAUUGCGAGUCGUGUUGGAUCAGCUAUUACGGGGCGCCCCCGUCGGAUGGAGGGUUUCCCUUCCUGCAGUGCAAUCGCCUGGUGAAGGUGAAGGAGGGCAAGAUUUGGCAAGAGAUGGACUUGCUCUCGGCCUGGAACGCGCACCCCAUCCCCAAGUGGCCACCGCGGAUGCCUCCCUGCGGACCCGUCUCCGAAAGCAGCGAUCCAACCCACAUAGGCGAUGCCUGGGUGCCGGUGCAGGUGCACGUGAACCCCGGCCUGGUGGGGCAGUGGGCGCGGCAGUGCACGCGCGAGUAUCGGCCCCACCCCGGGGAGGUGCUGUGCAAGAGGUACAAGAUCGAGCACGCUGUGGGCGCGGGGCACUUCACCCGGGCGUACCUGGCCACGGACAUGGAGACCAAUACCAAGGUGUGUGUGAAACGCCAUAGCGGCCUCACCGUGGAGCUGAUGACGGACUUGCUGACCAUCAGCCGGAGGAUCAGCUCUGUAGACCCCGAGGGCAAGUUCUUCUCCAGGCUCAUCGAGGCCUUUUAUGACAUGGUCGGCUACACCGUUGAGACCCUCUUUGAGGGCCGCAACUGCAUGGAGAUCUGCCGCAUGGACGCGCGGCACUUCAAGGACUUGACGAACCUGCGGCUGGUGGCCAUCGGCUGCUGCCGGGGCCUGGCGCUGCUGUCGGAGGCUGGGGUGGUGCACUGCGACAUGAAGGCGGACAACUUCAUGUGGACCAAGAACUCCGAGGGCGAGACCGUGGUGCGCCUGGUAGACUUCGGUUGCUCACGCCUGGACUCCCGCCUGGAGAACGGCCGGAACUGGGCCUUCGCCGAAGGCGGCGCAGGGCACAUCGGCAAGUGGGCGCCGGAGAUGAUGCUCCGGCUGCCCAUCACCGACAAGGCCGACGUCUGGGGCUCCGGCGUGGCCUUGCUGGAGCUCUACUCCGGGCGCAACAUGUGGAAUGAAGAGGAGGACACAGUGGAGUACAUGUUGGCGCAAGCCCUGGGCCUGGUGAACUCCAAAGCCGGGCUCCCGGAGAAGCUGCUGCGAAAGAGCCCCCUGGACAUCCGACAACUCUACACGCCCUCGCCGGCCUACUUCCCAGUGCAGCGUCUAGGCUCCGCACCCCACGUGCGCUUCAAGGAUCGCAGCUUCGAAACGAACGACGAAGUGGGGCGGUGGGUGAAACUCGCACUUCUUUUUGUUGGCCCCUGUUCCAGCGUUUGUUUGGUUUGCCUUGUCCGCUUGGUUUGGUAA